CCCAAAACCACGGGAGACCGCUUCAAAGCUGGGGGUUAAAUGGUCUCCGGGUUGCGAGCACCGGGUUUUCAACCAGACACUCGGCUGGAGAGCGGAGAGGCGGCUGUGAAAGAUGAACCUGAAUCUGAGCCAGCAGCACGGAACAGUGACGAGACCUUCUACUGUGAGGCUGAGGCCUCUGUGGCUGUAGAAAAAGAGAAGCCAGGCGGGGAGAGCUCAGAAACAGACCUGGAGAUCGAAGAUACGGAGAAACUUUUCACCACCGGACAAAGGGAGCUGUACCUGGAGGCCUGCAAACUGGUGGGUGUAGUGCCCGUCUCCUACUUUAUCCGGAACAUGGAGGAGUCCUACGUGAACCUCAACCACCAUGGGCUGGGACCCAGUGGUACCAAGGCUAUUGCCAUAGCCCUGGUGUCCAACACGAGUGUUGUCACCCUGGAGCUGGCAGACAACUGUAUCAUGGAAGAGGGCACCUUGAGCCUGGUGCAGAUGCUGCAAGAGAACUACUACCUGCAAGACUUGAAUGUUUCCAACAAUGAUCUUGGCUUGAAGGGGGCCAGCACCAUCUCAGAAUUUCUUCAGAGAAAUACCUCUUCGCUCUUGAACCUCCAGCUUUCAGGAAAUAACUUCAAGGACGAAUCCGCAGAGCUGUUCUGCCAAGCCUUCUCGGCCAAUUACCGAAUUAAGACACUGGAUCUCAGCCACAACGAGUUCUCUGAUAAGGGAGGAGAACACUUGGGGCAGAUGCUGGCCCUCAAUAUAGGACUCCAGUCACUGGAUCUGAGCUGGAAUCAGUUCCACACACGGGGAGCUGUGGCCUUGUGCAAUGGUCUCCGGGCUAAUGUAACCCUGCAGAAACUGGAUCUCUCUAUGAACGGCUUUGGGAACGAGGGGGCUACGGCCCUGGGAGAGGUCCUCAGGCUCAACAACUCCCUGGUCCACAUAGACGUCAGCAGCAAUGACAUCAGCAACGAAGGAGUCCUCAAAAUCAGCAAAGGACUGGAGGUCAAUGAGAGCCUCAAAGUUCUGAAGCUUUUCCUGAACCCUGUGAGUAUGGAUGGGGCUACGUUACUUAUCCUGUCCAUCAAGAGGAACCCCAAAUCCAAGAUGGAGGAGAUUGACAUUUCUAAUGUGCUGGUGUCUGAGCAGUUCGUAAAAAUAUUGGAUGGGGUGUGUGCCAUCCACCCCCAGCUGGAUGUGACGUACAAGGCAGUGCAAGGCUUCUCUGCCAAGAAAGAGCUGCUCUUGUGGACAAACCCCAUGAAACUGAUCCAGAGCUAUGCAGACCAGCACCAAAUCACGGUCAUAGACUUCUUCAAGAGCUUGAACCCUAAUGGAAGAAUGAUGAUGUCUGUGGGUGACUUCCGGAAAGCUAUGAUACAGCAGGACAAGGUCCCUAUGAACCCGUACCAAGUCAGGGAGCUGAUAAAGAAGCUGGCUGAGAAGACAGGCAUGGUGAACUUCAGUUUCCUAAAAACAGAGAAGCAGUAGCAACAAGUCUGGUCUGAAAAGAAGUCGCCGCGACGGAGAGGUCCUGGCAAGUCGAUUGGUGGCAUUCAGGAGGCGAAGAUCUGUUCUGAAACCUCCGUAGACAAACACCAAGGCCAGACUGUGAGCAAGCCAAUAAAGUCUGCCUGGGUCCCCAAGUCUCUGGGCUGCAGGUGGCGUGCCCCCGCAACUGGAGCAGCACCCUUUGGUUUUGGCGACCAGCAGGGGGCGCAUCCUUGGUGGCCUUAGUAGGAGCCGGAAGACAAAUUGGGAAUGCAAUGGCGUUGCUAGGCAGCAAGAAAAGAGCAGUUGGGGGGGGGGUGUUGGAGAUCUGUGCACAAAGGCAGUCAUCCUAGUAAAUGUAAACUGUAUCCAGGAGAGAGAUUUUGGAGACGCGGGAGGCAGUGGAGAGGCAGCAGAUGCUCAGGAACAAGGACGUGGGGCGGGGGGGGGGGGGGGGGGAGUGCUUUAGAAGCAAAUGCUGAGGGGUCAUGUGGAGAGAGCCCAGGAUGGGAGACAGAGAGACCUGGCAUGUAGUCAUAGCCCGGUGCCACCUCGCCACCUGAGCGUGGAGCCUUACGCUUCCAUCGGAAAAAAGUAGGACAGCCGAAAUUAAGGCUUCCCAAUCUGUUCUGGGAAUCUACUGUUCUACAUUUCUUUUUAAAAUUCCUUGGAAGCUAAGGAGACACGAAUUGCUGAGCACAAAAGCAGGGAUAGUCAAGAACAGCAUACGCUGAGCAGGUGCGGGGAUGGGUAACUGGCGGGUUCUGAUUAGCCCCGCCAGUCGUCUCUGUGGAUGCACAAGGGCAGGGACUGAAUCACGCAUCUCUGUACCACCGCACAGUGCCUGACACAUAGGAGAUGCUCAAUAAAGACCUAUGGGGUGAACAAACACAUUCACCUGGCAAUUUUGGGGGGCAAGUGGUGGAAAAGUGGGAAAGUUUGGGGGUGACCAGGAACCGACCCUUUAGAGCCCUGAUGUGUGACGCAUGCUGAAACGGCAUCUCGGAAUCCAGUCACUGCCUUUGGCUUUCCCUUUGCUUCACCAGGGCUGGAGCGGAGGCUGAGGCCUCUCUGCCCAUGUGGCAGAAUCAUUAUUUGAAAUAAUUUAUACCCCCUUCCCGCAGUGCAUUUUCCCCUUUCCCUUCCUUAUACAAGGUCUUAGCCCGAAGUUGAAUUUCCAUUAAUUGGGUGACAGAGGGGCUCAGAGUCAAAAUUAGGAAUAUAAAAGAAAGUAAAAAAAUGCACUAAGGGGUUCGUGGGCUGAAACUCACAUCUCUCAUACUUGUCAGGGUAUGUAGAUUUCUUUGACUCCACAAAUAAAUCGAAUCCCCUUAAAAUCAGGAGCCGUGUCAUUUCGGUUUAUUAUAAUCUAUAAAUUUCCCCCACCAGGUCUCUUGUCCAGCAGCUGCUGGUGUCUGGGUGGAACCCUGAGGAUUAUGAAGCCAGGGGGUAUCAAAAAUUGUGGACUAUGUUAUGGAUCAAUAAAAACAGCAAAGUUUUCUCCA